AUGCCGAAGAAAAUACCAUCGAUACAAGGCUUCGACAGCCUCUCGGACCAGGUCCUUGUGCGCAACGGCGAGGUGGAGGCUGUCACUAAUGCAACAACAAGCCCGGAUAUUGUUGCCAUCUACGGCUGGGGCGACUGUCUGCCGCAGCAUGUCGCCAAAUAUGCUGACGGGUAUCGAGCUCUUUUCCCGUGUGCGAAGCAGGUAGUGGUGCUAUCGCCAAUCGCAAAAGCCAUGUUUACUAGCCGGGAGCAAAGGCGCGGGCACAUGACGCCGGUGGUGAAUCAUCUUUUUGGUUCGCCAGAUGCUGGUCAGGGCGUUGGUAUAGCGCAGAGCGACAGCAAGAUUCUUAUUCACGCCAUGUCCAACACAGGCGCCAUCAACUUUGCUGCCACGCUGGAUGCCUACUCGGAAAGGUUCAAAGGUCCCAUGCCGCACACGCUCUUCAUCAUGGACUCAACACCCGGUGGCACCAACCUGACGUGGGCAAACUUGAAGCGUUGGUCCCGCGCCAUGGCUCUGGGUACCGCAAAGUGGUUUCCUUGGCCAUUUGUCGCAACGCAGUCCAUCUGGGCCUUUUUCCUCCUGCUCAAUACUCUCUAUCUAUGGGUGCGGCGGCAACAGCAUGCCGGCGCCUGGAGUCGCGUCGCUUCCAACCAGGAAGCUUUUGCGACAAAAGAUGCCCGCAGACUGUACAUGUACAGCAAGGACGAUGAUCUCAUUGGCUACAAGGACAUCGAAGGACAUGCAUCAGACUCCGAGAAGCUGGGCUAUGCCGUCGACACCAAAGAGUUUACUGGCAGCGGCCAUGUCGGGCACAUGCGCCUGCACCCAGAAGACUAUUGGGCGGCCAUUCAGCAAUCGUGGACGCGAACCGAGGCCACGACUGCCCAGUCGAUGUGUGAAAAGUAG